AUGCAGGCCUUAAACUUCGCCGCGAAUGUAUACGUUGCUCUGACGCUGGCGUCGUCUAUUGAGCCUUCCUCUCUCCCCUCAUCUGCGGGCUUGGCGAACUCCUUGAACCAUGUCGGCCCAGUAGGCCAGCUACGUGACGUGCAGCUGUACGCCGUGCCGAAAGAACAAUGGUCGGAUGAGAUCGCGAACAGGCUGAAGGGCAUGGACGGCGUAAUACAUAUCGACGUCCAGGCGGAGCCCAGGCAGCGCGCUAAGCGGGACGAAUUCUGAGAUCCCACCGAAGUUGUCCAUGGUACCGGGGAGGCCUGCUUGUAGUCGUAGUCUAGAGAUGCCAUUGUACUUGCAAAUGUAUAACAGAGGCGGCCUUAUCCCCGAGGUUCACGCCCUGAAUCGACUCGGAUGUAACAUUCAGGAUCUACGCCUGCGAUAGACAUCAUCUGACGUUCCUCGAGAACGGCCCGACAGCCGCUCAAGCUCGACCUCAC